AGAGGGAAGAUAGCCUUUUUCGUGAUGGUCGAAGAUGCAAUGAGGCGUUUAUAAGUUUCACUAUUAUAUUAUUUAAAGUUAUUUAUCAGAAUGACCAUGAUUUCAAAAGCUGCAGUGGGUAUUGCCGUUGGCAUUGCCGGUAUUUUUGUUGGCUAUUGUUUUUAUUUUGAUAAAAAACGCCGUAGUGAUCCAGAUUUUAAAAAGAAACUACGUGAACGAAGACGUGCUAAAAAACAAGCACAGAAAGCAAGUUCUAAGAUACCAGAUCUUAAAGAUCAUGAGACAGUACAGAAAUUCUUCUUGCAAGAGGUACAACUCGGAGAAGAAAUGCUUAUGUAUGGCAAUGUAGAAAGUGGAAUAGAACAUUUAGCCAAUGCAGUUGCAGUUUGUGGCCAACCUAGUCACUUAUUGCAAGUUCUUGAAAAAACACUGCCACCUCAAAUUUUUAAUCUUUUGUUGCAAAGAAUACCGUCUGUUGGCCAUAAGCUAGUUACUCAAACUGCAAUGUCAGAAGAAGAUGUUGAAUAGAAUAUUAUAGAUAAACAUUGGAUUUUUAAAUAAAAUUUGGCAUUAGUAAAAUGUAUACACUCAUUUUGCAUACUGUAGUCGCUACCAUAACUUGACUUUUUGGUAAUUAUAAUAAUCUUAUAUAAUUUAUAAGGUAGUAAAAAACAUUCAUUUUAUAUUAUGAUAAGUUGCAAUUAUAAAUACAAGUUUAUAUUUACAUGUAUAAAUACUUUUAUUUCAUA